AUUUUAUGCCCUCGAUUGCCUUUUCUUGUGCAAAAAUUGAUGGCAAGGAACUAUCGUAUGGUCACAACAAAUCAGCCGGCCUGAAAUCAGUGGAAAGUCCAAGAAAUGGUAAAUCACUUGAUCGUCGGCCGCCGAAGCCGCCCCUAUUCUUACAGCAGCACAAUGGUUGAUUGGUCGCAGCUUCCAUACGACCUCGUUGUAUCAAUUGCAAAUCAAUUGUUUGAAGUUGUGGAUUUUCUUUCGUUUUCUGCUGUUUGUCGUUCUUGGCGACUGGUUUAUCUUAAGAGAAAUUGGACCCCAAGUCAUCGUGAUCCUUGGCUCAUGCUAGGUGAGUACACUGAAGGUGAUGUGUCCAUAAGGCAAUUCUUAAGUUUGACCCAAUUUAAGGUCUACAAAUUUCCUCUACCUGAAGCUAAUGGUUGCCGCUGCUGGGGAACUUCUCAUGGGUGGAUUGUGACUCUUAGUCAAGGUUUUGCUAUUCGUCUCGUGAACCCCCUUACUCGAGCUUGCCUCGAUUGUCCCCAGCAUUCCAUGCUAAGGAGCCUAGGUCAUAAUGAAGUUGAUUGGUUUGCAGCUAUACAACAAGCUGUUGUCUUAAAAGUUCGAGACGAGUUUGUGACAAUGGUGAUACAUAGCUACAAUCGCUGUUUGUCUUUUGCUAAACAUGGAGAUGGUGCAUGGACUGAUGUACCGUUCUCUGUUCCUGUUUCCCUUAUAAAUAUUGUGUGCUUUAAAGAUAAAGUGUUAGCACUUACAGGGGUUGGGUCACUACUACUUAUUGAUAUCGAGGGGCCUGAUUGUCCUAGAGCACUCUGUAUUGCUUCACCACCGGGGAAUACAAAGGGUUGGGAGAAUAUGUAUUUGGUAGAAUCAUCGGAAAAUCUUCUGCUAGUACUGCGUUAUAAACAUCAGUUGAAGCUUAAGUUUAAAGUUUACAAGUUUGAUAUAUUACAAAGGAACUGGAUGGCAUCGGUGGACAUUGGCAACAACAUAUUAUUUGUUGAUGAUUAUGGUUGUACUUCAGUUUCUGCUUGUGGCUCCAUCAAACCUAAUUGCAUCUACUCUGCACAAGAUAACUUGGAAUCUUCAGUUGUACCCCAGCAAGAACAAACUCUGAUUAUAUGCAACAUCAAGGAUGACAGCACUGAUAUUCAACGAAUUGAUGCUAAACCCACGACCUUUUAUGCUUGUCCAGUGUGGAUGACGCCUGCCUUGUGGUAGAAAUAAUUGUGUUAUUGGUUUAUAUGCGUGUUUGACAGUGUCUACAAAUUACUGUAUAAAGAACCGAAAAAUCUGAACCCUUCUCUUGUGACUGCAUCUUAAUCUGUUCAUAGUUAAUUAGCAAUCUGUUAGGGAAAUGGGAAGAGAAGUUUUAUAGAUGUAUAUGAUGAUUUGUGCUUUGCUAAUGGCUCUACAGAUUUUGCUAUCCUGGUUUAUGGUAUC